AUGUGCUUCGGUCACCCACCCCUCUCUCGCCUGCGUACCCCUAACAGGCGACGCCUCGGCGUGCACAAGGCCUUCUUCCUCCCGCACGAGCUCGUCUCCCCACCCGCAUCCUCGGAUCCUUCGUACCUAGAGGCAGGAACUACGCCCGACGGCACGCCAGCACCAAGCACCGCGUGGCAGGCGCGCUAUCCGAAGGGCGGCGUCAACCGGCGCUCGGACCGCGAGGCUCGAGCGUGUCUAUACCGCGGGGCCGCCGGAGUUUGCAAAGGCGCUGGAAGGGGCACGGGAGGCGCGCGUAGGCUACAGGGUGCUGCUGGAUGCGGAGCGGGAGUGGGUGAGAGGCGAGAAGAUGCCGGGGAUGUGUUAAUUCAUAUCACCGAGGCUGACCGUUCUGCAAAGACGGUGGGGAGGGCUAGUCUCCGAGCAGACCUUGAUACGUGCUCAGCCAGAGGGCUUCGCUCGCUGCGCAGGAGGCUUGCUCUACGUGUUUAG